AUGAGGGUGCAGCUGCUACAUGUUCCCGCAGGAGACGCCUUCGUGGCUCUGUUGCUGCCGGCCUUCAUCUCGACGGUGUAUGGUGGAUUUCUGGUUGCUGCGGUACUGCAGCAAGUGGAUAACCCCACCCCGGUGGCUCCGAAUCCGGUUUGGGGGCCUGUUGCUGUGGCUCUCGGAAGCGCCUUGUGCUUCAGUUUGUUGCUUGCCCUUGCGGGCCCCUACGCCUACAGCGAUUCGAUCCCUGCAGCGGACUUGUGCCUUCUGGUGGGGCUGCUGCUUCCGGCUCUUGCUGCUGCCCUUACAGUGGGGCCUCCUUCCCUGGGGCUUACACCUGCCAGGCUCUAUGGUGUCCCGUAUUUGGCUGCUACCGUUGGGCUCUACUGCUUUGCCGGGCUCUCACCUUCGCUGCUACUGCUGCUCGCAGGAGCAGCGGCCGCCACCUGCGCUGCUCAGGCGGCGCUGUGGGGAGCUGGUGUUGAUGACCAAGCGUUGAGCACCCUGCAUGCAGCAGCAGCCAACUUUCUGGGGUGGUGUCUAUGCACGCGAAUAUGGCAAGACGCUGUGGCGCUGCUUGUUGCCGAGCUGCUGCCGUACCAGUCCGCAUUCGCGGUACUCCCAGGCCUAGAAGUAUACGAGCGUAGAGUCCUAAAGUCACAGCGCAUUCACACUUCUGUUCCUGUUGCUGCGGUUGCUGUACCAGCUGCGGCUCCUGUUGCUGCCCAUGCUUCCGCCCCUACUUCUGGUUGCGCAUCUGCUGCAACAGAAGCAGAAACACCUGUAGCCGCUGCAGACGCAUCGUCCGCUGGAGACCUCUCAGCGGCUCCUGCAGCUGCAGAAAGCGAUGAGGCUCCUGCAACAAACUCAGGCAAGAGCUGGCGGUGGAGCCCCGGAGCCUUGGUCCUUCCUAAAGGUAUACAGCAACAGCAGCCUCAGCAGCAGCAACCAGUUAAGCAGCAGCAGCAACAGCAACAGCGGAUCAACUUGUCAGCUUACGAGAAGAUCCCAAGAAAUACCAGGGCUUCUCUACCUACGCUGUUGCAGCAACAGCUACACCAGAAGCAGACGAGGCUCCGGGGCGAAGCAGCAGCGGACAGCUCUCUUCCUCGUAACUACUCACCUGUUUCACCGGGAAACGCAGACAUGCCUCUAAAAAGCCACCAGCUGAAGCAAGAUCCACAGCUGCAUCAUCAGGAGCACCGCCACAAACUCUGUGACGCGCAACUGCAGCAGCGCCAGCAGGGCCAGGGGCAGCAACAGAACGCGCAACAGCAGCAGCGGCCGCUGCCGAAACACAAACAGGCGCGUUUUACCGACCCAUGCCCCCGUAAAUCCCCCCAUAUCCCCGUUGAAGGUGCUGAAGCUAAAACAAUAGAAACCGAAUAUAGAGCUGCUACAAGUGCCACAGCAGCGGCUUCUCCGCAUUCGAGGGCUGCUGCUGCAAAACUCCCACAGUCACCCCUUCAUAGCUGUCAGCCUCCACAAGAACACCACCAGAUGAAGCAAGAACACGACUACCAGGUUGAUCGGCACAAACGCCUAGAGCAGCAGCAACAACAAGAUCACGAGAAGCAGAAACAGGCCGAUCAGCGAAAGAGCCAGCUGCAGAGGCCGAAGCAAAUCCAACUCAUGCUGCAGGAUGCCAGGGGCAGCCAGGCACGCUUUCGCACCAGACGACAGCACACGACUCCCUCCAGGGUGUUGCAGAGGGCUGCUGAAGCAGCUGCAACAUCGGCAACAGGAGAAACCAGUGAGGAGAGCAGACGAACAGCCAAAGGCCAGCACCGGCACAUGCCGGCAUCUCGAAGACAGUCCCUACCAAGGUUGUGUCCGUCGCCGCCUGUUCCCACACGCCAGCAGCAGCAACAAUACCAGCAACUGCAGCAACAACAGCAACAUCAUCAGUCGCAUCAGCUGCACAGGCAGCAACAUUCCAUUGCUGGGACCCCCCCCCACCCCUUAGAUUCAACAAUGAUGGGCAUGCCCCUAGCCAAGGGAUCGGCAGCUACGCGUGCCGCAGCGACGGCGGCUGCAGCGGCUGCAGCGGCUGCGGCGGCUGCAGCAGCGGGUGUUGCUGCUGAGACAGCCCAGUUGUGGCGCUUUGGAGGCCUGGGACUGGCCCCUGCAGACGUCAGCUGCUCUGUUGCCCCUUCUUCAACAGGAGCAGUAGCAGCAUGUGCCAGGCCUCGUCGUGGGAGCGCUCACCAAGGGUGCAGCAGCAGCAGAAGCAGCAGCGGGGUGCAGCCAACUGAUUGCGCUGGUCGGGAGCUUUUUUACAAACCCACACUGGGCCUCCAGGUGGAGCGUGGGGCCGCGGGAAGCCGUGAAGUUCUAUCUCUAGCACCAGCAGCAGCAGGUAGUGCAACUCGACAAUCUGAGUGCCCAGCAACGAUAGCAGGUGGUGCCGCUUCUGCUGCAGGAGCUGCUGCCACAGUGGCCAACCUGCGGAGCCCUGCUGCUGUCCUUAGGAGAGCAGCGAGGAGGUUGGAUGUCCUCCGCAACAGCCGAACAGUGACACUAAAGAAGAAGUGGACAGCAAAACGAUCCCUACAACAGCAGCAACAACAGCAGAGGCAGCAGCAGUAUCUGUUGCACCUUCUACAAAUGCAGCAAAAGCCAUCGCCCACAGCCAUAGACAAGGGGCCUUUCCAGUCCCAGCGUUUAGGAGGGGCCAGCAGUAGCUGCAGCAGCCUGUGUCGCAGUAGCAGCCAGAUCUCUGCUUCUCUGCACGCAGCAGUAGCAGCAGGAGCGGCACUGGCUACUCCGCACCUCUCCACAGGGGCGUUGGGGAUAGGUAGCAACAGCAGGAGAGGCAGCUGCUGCAGCAGUACCUACCUUUCCAGUUCGAGUGCUGCUGGCCUUGCAACAGCUGACUUGCCCGGCUCUUCUGUUGCUCCUCCUUCAGCUUGUGCUUCUCCAGGACCGGCGGCUGCUUCCGUUUCUGGCGGCGCCUCUGCUACUGCUGCUGCUGCGCCAAUUCCUACCACGAGUAGCAGCAGCAAGAAUGCCGAGUUGCGUCUGCAGCAGCAAAGGCUGCAGUGGCUGCGGCAGCGGCUUGCCGAGAACCAAAUAGACGACCUUUUUGUGGAAUCCCUCGACGUUUGCUGGGAGUGCUGCUGGCGCUUUUGUCACAGUGCAAAGGGUGCCACCCAGCACGAUGCUCUGUCUGCGCCUGCUGUCUCAGCUCCGGCUUCUGCAACUGCUGCAGCAGGGGCCUCCACAUCUGCUGCUGCUGAUGCUUCUGCUGGGGAUGAAGCUGCUGGCGGGAACUGCAAGCAUCAGCACGAGCAAGUGGAGCCAGGAGAUGUGGAGCAGCCUUCACCCCCGCACAAACAGCGGCUCCAGCAGCUCAAAGAGCUGCAGCAGCAGCCGCUGCUGCCGUUGCUGCAGCAAGGGGAGGCACCACCACUGCCUAAGAGGCAAGAUGACGCGUCAGCUGCCCUGUCGGCAGUGAGGGCUAUCGGCGCCCUUGAAGCUGCAGCGCGUUUGCAGCAGUGGCGGAAGCAGCAAAAAGGGGGAGGGUCAGCUUUGCCGCAGCAUCUGCUGCAGCAAAUUAUCUGCAACGCAGCAUCAGCUGCAGCAGAGACAGCAAGUGCUUCGCGAUCAAUUGCAGCAGGAGUCGCAGGAUGUUGGAAAGAAGUGGCAAAAAAUGAUAGUUUAGUAACUGUUCAUGUAGACCAGCGUGUGCCGUUUGCCCAAACACAGCAGCAGAUGCAGCACUGGCAACAAGAAGCAAGGGGAAUAUUAUGCUUUUACGGAAACAUUUGGAAAGGGCCUCUGCGGUGGAUUCACAGCGAGAGGCUGCUGAGGCCUCCGACGAAAGAGGAACGGCAGCUGGAAGCUGUCGCCUUUGUCCUAACAAGGGAACUUCUGAGGAGGGAUCAGCAAGGGCCGCAGCCUGGGCCCCUCGCUGCAGCAGUUGCUGCUGCUGCCCCAUGUGCCCGGCAGGUGCAGCAGCAGCAAGAUCCUAAACCUUUAGGACUGCAGCCGCAGCAGCAGGGAGUAUGCGCAAGCGCCACACAACAAGUCCUAGCUGACAGCCAAGCUCACCGCAGCAACCCUUGCAGCAGUGACAGCAGCAGCUGCGAUUCACCCAGUAGCCGACGGGCAGGGAUGUGGAUUGGAACCCGCACACCAGCAACUCUAGCUUCUGCAGAAGCAACUACAGUGGCGACACCUGCAGCAGCAUCAGCAGCAACAGCGGCAACAGUAGCAGCAGAAGCUGCAGGAAAACAGAGCGAGGCAGCUGGUCAGGUGGCGAGACAACUAAGACAGCUAAGGGUAACGCGCCGCAGCAUCCCUCCUCCUAUGCCGCUGCAGCGCCUGACACUGGGCUUCGCUGAUGCUGCCAUUGAGGAGCAGUACUGUGCUUGGCGAGUCGGUUGGAUGGAGAGAAAGCGUCUUUGUAGCUGCAGCAAGCCGGCGCUGCUUCUGUGGGGUUUGUUCAGUUUGUUGCUGCCUGCUGCUGCCUUCUGGUGGGCCUGGGACGGAGCGCAUGGUGGUUGCAGGCAGCAGCAGCCCCAGCAGUAUCAUUUCAAUGGCUUUAAAUUCUAUGGAGCAUUAAGAUUGAUGCUGCAGCUGGGCGGAGAGGCCGCUCUGUUCCUGCUUCUCCCCUGCAGCAAAAGCAAUGACAAAGGAGCCGGGAGCAACAGCAAAAGCAGCUACAGCAACAGCAGCAGCAGUGGCCCUCAGGCCAACCAUCAUAUCCGCUGCUUGCUUGCAGCAGCCGCUCUGCAACAACAACAGCAGCAGCGCCACGCUUGCCUCCUCUUUAUGGUGUACUCUGCUGGCUACUGUUGUGUCGUCAUUGCCUGUCUGAUCCUCAUUAAAAGUCGAGUGCUACAGGGGCCUUCCCCUGUCUCACUCGUGCUAUUGCUCCUGCGCAGCGGAGCUUCCUUUUCUGCCAUGUGGUCGGUGCUGCACUGUCUGGUGCUGCGAACAGAGGAACACUCCAGCAGGUGCGUCUUUUCAACAACCGUGCUGCCCUACUUGUUGCGUCUGGAGGCAUCAGACUGCUGCGGCUGCUGUGCUUACACUGGAUCGAGAGCAGAAGUCCAACCAGAAUCCCCAGCAAGAGGCACGACCCCAGGAGAAACUGUGGCAACGGAAGAAGCAGCACCCGAAGUGAAUCCGGGGGAAAAAGAGUCUCUGCCCGCUGCUUCAAAGUCAAAACGGCUACGGCUUUCUCCGCAGCAGCAGCAGCAUACGCCCCAUGGAUAUGCAGUAGGGGAGACGUGCAGGAGCAGUAAAAAGCCCCUAAAAGGCAAGCAGCAGCGACCCAGACUGCACAGUGGGGCUGCUUCUCCUCCAUACGCAGCUUCGAACAGCAGCAGCAGCAACAACAACAACAAGCGCAGAGCAACAGGAACAACAGCAAGACGCAAGAGAGGCUUCUUCCAUGGGAUUGGCACUUGCUUUUUCAACGUGCAAAGAAGGCUUCAACAAAUCGCUAGCGAACAUCUAAAUUCGGUGACAGAGAGCAGCUUGCAUCAGCAGCCGGAGGAGCAACAGCAGAAGCAGGCGAUGAGGACGCAGGUGGCAAGCCGUGGUCUGCGGCGCUGCCGUUCUACAGGCUUUUUCAUUGGGAGAAGAGGGGAAACAGCAAAUUGUGUUGGGGAUGCUGCUGCGGUUGCUGCCACUGCGUGGUCAGAUCUGGAGCCUUCCCGUACCUACAGGGAGCUGCUGGAAAGUCUCCCUUCCCUUAGCCGCAGACGGCGGCGUCGCCGCACCAGCAGCAACACAAGCAGCGGCAGCACCAGCAGUAGCAGCACAGUAUGGGAUAUCCCCCGCCCCGUAGAAGAUACAAUGUUGGCGCAGAAAGGUGCUGAGCCAUCUGAGCUGCAAGAAAGACAACCCAGAAAGGUUCCCAAAAUGCUGCACUGCUGCCUCUGGAGGCGCACCCCACGAGUAGCAGCAGCAAAGACACUCGUUGCUCCUGCCCCGCCAGCGACUGCUGUAGUUGCUGCCACUGCAACGCCAGGAACUCCAGGAAUCUCGGUGCAAAGUAGCAUCAGUAACAGCAGCAACAGGAGUAGCAACAGCAGCAACAGACCUGUAGUUCCGGCGGACAAUGUGAGCAGCGGGAAAUGGAGGAUACGAAGCGAAAGCGGAGGUUCGCAGCAGCAGCAGCUGCGUCUCAGCAGCGGCAGCACCAACGGCAAACGAGCUGUACGGACACUUGUGAAACUGUCAAUUGAACCCGGUCAAGAUCGCGUGGCCCUACCUGCUGCUGGCCAAAUCGGUCUGGAGACGGUUCGUGAGACAACGACGUUCACACAGCAGCAGCAGCAUCUGCUGCAAAACAAAAAGCAGGUGCUUCAGCGUGUGCAUACGAGGCUUUUGACCCUUUACAAGAGCCCAGUGCUCCAGCACAAAACUCCUAGCUCUUCGUUUCCCUCACCAGCAGCAGCAGCUGCGGCGGCGGCGUCUGUGCCUCUACGCGAUGGGCACUCCUGGAGUCGGUUCCAAAACCCCAAGUUCUUAAGCAGCAACAGCAGCUCCAGCAGCACCAAUAACAUCGCCGCCUGGCUAAGGGGAAACAGCAUCAAAGAAAGUCCCCUCAGCAGGGUGCCUCGGGAGGCGGGGCAGGCCCAAAGUCUCGCGGUGCUGUCGGCGUGGCAGAAGCGGCGCAUCAGCAGCAGUAGUAGCAGCAGCAGCGGUAGCAGACUUUGGGGAGACACAGGAGCCUCACCGUCGGUGCACCUGGUCCGCUCAGCAGCGAAGCAAGCAGCGCACGCGUCUUAUCGCCUCCCGCUUUUCUCACCUCGUCGCACGACUGCUGCUACUGCAGGCCAGAGCCCGGUUGAUGCUUUCUCUUUAGGCACUGGAAGGUUGGUGAGGAGCGAUGAUUACAGCCCACAAGGGGACAGCAGCAAGGCAACAGCAGCUGCUGCAGUCUGCAGGUGUACAGACACUGCGCGCUCCGGCUGGCGCAGCAAGCGGCAACAAGUAGCGACACUGCAGCAACAGCUGCAGCUGCAGCCCUCUCGCAGUCUGAAUUUUUCUUCUCAAGACCAAAGGGCGGCAGCAGAAUCGGGAUACGGAUUGGCUCUUGCUGCUGCGAGAGGCGGCGGCGCCCCUGCAGCAGUAGCAGCCUCCGGGCGCGCCGAGGGACGCGCCGAGGCGCGGCCUACCACUUCAUCUGCUGCAGCAACGGACGUUUGGAUUUCCGUACCCUAUCUCCAUCCAAGCUGGACGUGUGUUGAGCUUCUACACAGGCAGCAGCAGCCGCAGCAACAACUGUGGCACUCCCGUACUAGUUCUGCUGCUGCUGCAGAUGUGUCUCCUCAACUUCAUCGCGUUUUCAGCAUGAGACGCCCCGAAAAAUUAAGCGGCAAAAGCAGUGGCAGUAGCAGCAGCCUCUGGGGAGCAGCAAAUACGAGAGAAACACUAGGGCCAAGAGAGACGGCCACAGAUGUUAUUGAGCAAGUUCAAGCCCCCCGCGCUUCUCGCCGUCCCUCCCUAUUGCAGCCAGGGUGCUUGCAGCGCUCCGCUGGUGCUGCCUCGUCAACUACUACUGCUGCUGCUACUGCCUCUCCUGCUUCUGCUGCAGCCGGAGGAGGCGGCUACACGACAUCUGGGGCUUGGGAGCCCCAACGAGGGAGCAGCACGAGCAGCAGCCAGCAGCAGAAUCAGGAGACGGUAGCAUCAGCGCGCGCAGCAGCAUGUGCUGCCGCUGCUGCGUUGCAUCGGGGCGGAACUGCCCGCGUACGGGCAGCAAAAGAAGGUGCUGCUGUUGUUGCUCAGCGAGCUGCAGCAGCAGCUUUGAUUGCUGCAGCAGAGGAGGUAGGAGACGGCCUAUCAGACUCCCGGCAAGAAGGGAAGUUCUUCUACCCCGAGCAGUGCAUUCGAGACAGACUUCAGAAGCUCUUCUGGGGGCUCAGUGUCUAA